AUGUGCUCGUUUAACCCGAUGCCCAACUUCUAUAACCUUUCGACCCAGUACAGCGACACAGACUUCUCUUCUGAGUCUUCGUACACUGACUUCACAGCCGAUUCAGACCGCAUCAAUCCACCGGCCUGCCCGUCGGGAUUCUCUGCCCUUGCGUUAUCUACGUGGGAAUCUGACAGUGUCGAAGACACGUCUUGCCCGUCAAAGGUGCUCAAUUACGAGUGCUCGGGGCAGAAGUCCAGUGACUGGACGAGCUACCAGGGCACCACAUCGAGUGCAGCCAGCGGAGGCACCGCCGAAAGUAGCGGCGACUCUUCGGAUGCCUCGGCAUUGAGCAUGUCAAGCACGUCGCUGCUCCUGGUCGUCUACGCGAUUGCUACCCUUCUGUAG